UGGCAGCCUACCAUUCUCAUUCGUCUGUCUUAUCAUCUUCCCCGAAAGCAGUGAGAGACUCAGACGUCGUCCUCGAGAGCUUCUAGUGCUCCACAGCUGCAGUUCAUCUCUACCAAAGGGUCUUGCGUUCCUUGCACCCAAUCCUCCCAACAUGCCCGCGUCCUUUACGCGCCUCGACCUCCCCUCAUCCACCCACCUCUCCCACUCCCUCAACACCAUCCUUUCCCACGCCCAAUCCCUCCUACACGCUCAGUUAGAACGCGAUGGUCUUUCUGGUUCGCAAGAAGAAGAGGUUUGUCGGAAGUUACUUCAGGCUUGGUUGGAGGAAGGGGAGAGGAGAUUGGUAGAGGGAAAUGUUACAUUUGAUGGGAUGAAGGUUAGAAAGGAUUGGAAGGAGAGACAGGGUGGGGGAAAGAGUGCUGUCGCGCCCUUCGACGAGCAACUCAACAAGCGCAUCGACAAUCUCCAGCAAACGGCAGACGACCUCACAGAGACGGCUGUAGAGUACCGUCGAGAGUUGCCAGAGCGAUGGGCUCAGGCAUUGAGGGAUCGUGAAGAAGUGCUGGAUGAGAUUCGGAGCAGAGAGGAACAGAGGAGGGCGCUGAUUCGCAAAAAGGGAUGGGGAGAGAAGGAGGUGCCGGCUAGCGAACUUCCAAUCGAGCGCUUGGAGCAAGUGGCCAAGACACUUAGUACCGCUCUCAGCCAGGCAGAGAUGCUCGCAGAGGACCUACCGGCUCAAGUGCAAGCGACGCAAGAUCAACGCGAGCUAGUCGAACAGCUGAGACAGAUGCCACCCUGAGGGACAGGAUGCAUCAUUUCUAUCUGCGGGCCAGCGACAGCUUUCAUCGCUUGCUACCUUCGCCCGUGGUUCCCCUUCGCUCGCUGGUAUACCUCUUGCUUUGUACAAUCACAAACACCUGCUGUUCAUUUCGACUGGCUCUUUCUUUUCUGCUCAAAUGUACAAAUAUAAUUUCCCUCCAUUCAGCCUCCUCAUGCCAUCAUUCCAUGCGACCACUCAGACGUCUUCGACUUCGAAUUUGACACACAAGCUUCCCUUUGUCUUUUCACCCCUCAAAUUGAACAGCCUCAAGAAGACCCACUGUCCCGUCUGGAGUGCCGCGACCCUCACCGCCGCUACGGCAAAGACUGGGUUGCGUGCAAAUGCAUCAUCACUUUUGAGCAAGAUGCGCAAAAAGACGAGAUCAUCCUUUGGGUAGGUCCAAGUGAGUGUCUCUGGAUGAUGCCAAAAG